AUGGAGAGGUUGCAGCGCAUCUCCGGGCAUGUUGUGGCGUCCAUGACGGCAGACAGGACGCUGCUGCCGCAGCCAACGGCCAUGUCAGGCGCCACCCCGGGCGAUGACGACGUGGUCAUCUGCUGCGCUCUGCGCAGCGCGGUGGGUAAGGCGAUGAAGGGCUUCAAGGAGCUGCCGCCUGAGGACCUCCUGGCCGAGGUCUUCAAGGCAGUGGUCGAGAAGACCAAGAUCGACCCCAAGCAGAUUGGCGACUGCGUGAUCGGCAACGCGCUGCAGCCGGGUGCCGGUGGCUUCGGGACGAGGAUGUCCAUGUUCCUGGCGGGCUUGCCCUAUGAGGUGCCGAUGUACACGAUCAACAGGCAGUGCAGCAGUGGGCUGCAGGCCGUGGCCACGAUCGCGCAGUCGAUCAGGACGGGCACCAUCGACGUCGGCCUGGCUGGAGGCGUUGAGUCCAUGUCGUACUAUCCGAUGGCUUGCGCCUACGACCUCAAGAAGGUGUCGCCCAACGUGGAGAAGGAUGCAAUGGCCAAGGCCUGCCUGCUGAGCAUGGGCAUCACGUCGGAGAACGUGGCGGCUGAGUACAAGAUCUCGAGGGAGACCCAGGACAAGUUCGCGGAGGCCUCCCACGCAAAGGCGUUGAAGGCGCAGAAGGAGGGCCUCUUCGACAGCGAGAUCGUCCCCAUCAAGACGACCCAGACCGACAAGGACGGCAACAAGAAGGAGGUGGUGAUCUCCAAGGAUGAGGGGCCCCGCCCUGGCACCACCUUCGAGGUGUUGUCCAAGAUGAAGCCUGUGUUCAAGCAGGGCGGCAGCACCACGCCCGGGAAUGCGUCUCAGCUGUCCGAUGGCGCCGCGGUGGUCUUGUUGGCGCGAAGGUCGAAGGCGAAGGAGCUGGGCUUGCCCAUCCUGGCGCGCUUCCGCUCGUUCGCGGCCGUGGGUGUCGACCCGCAUGUGAUGGGCGUUGGUCCCGCCUUCGCCAUCCCGCCGGCCCUGAAGCAGGCAGGCCUCGAGGUGAAGGAUGUGGACAUUUUUGAGAUCAACGAGGCCUUUGCGUCCCAGGCGUACAUGAGCAUCAACCACCUGGGCAUCCCCAUGGAGAAGGUGAAUCCGAAGGGUGGCGCCAUCGCCCUUGGUCACCCCCUGGGGUGUACGGGCUCGCGACAGAUCGCCACGCUGCUGCCUGAGCUGAAGCGUCAAGGCAAGAAGAUCGGCGUGUGUUCCAUGUGCAUCGGAAGCGGCAUGGGAGCAGCGGGCGUGAUCGAGAGUGAGCAAUGA